UUGCACAACCCGAGCGAUCUGCAUUUAAUAAAAACGCUUUGCUUCUACGUUAAAGAAACAAAUAUGUCCCAUCUCCUGUAUUGAUGCAAUUAUUCUGUUUAAAUUGAUCGUCAAAUGGCUUUUUCAUGCUAAGUAUGCAAGAAAUAGUGAUGGGAGGUCAUGUACGACGGAACGUGGAACGGAAAGUACUACGCACAGAACCAGUGAAUUUUUUUCACCAACUAGUGGCUAGUUUGUUAUAUUUGCGUUUACUUUGUUCGUCAUAUGGGCGAUUUCGAAAAUUAAAAAUUAUCUUUGGCCGAAAAAGCAAAGGUGAUGUGGUUUUAAUGAUCCUGGUGAAUUCUUUACGGACUAACGACUAGUCUAAAAUAUUAGCCGUAAACUAAGUCCAAAACAGUACAAGCUCACUAGUGAAUCCCAAUAUCAUAUUGACUUAGCGAACAUAAGGUCCCUUGAAUUGGAAUGUAAAAGCAAACGUAGUUGCAGCAUUUAAAUAUAGCGUCGUUUCAAGGCAUCAAAUUGACUUUUUCAUAAAGGAGGAAGGGGCCAUUUAAUAAAUUGCCAUUGUAUGGAGUGAGGGCAGACGCGCCAGCAAAAAAGUUGAGAAUUUAGCCUUGAAAGUUGGGUAACACUCGUCCUAUGUGCACAGAGGGCGCGUAGUUAGAUAGCUACGAGUUUUCCUCGGCCCCUCCGGGCUGCUAAAGGCUGCUUUCCCUAGGCUGCUUACCCUUUACAGGUUAAACAUCGGCGCUCAAUUUUCUAAAUAAUGCACACGAGGUUUGAAACCGUUCUGUUUCAAGUCUGUGACUAAAUGUUCAGACGUUGCUACAUAAGUCAAUGAAUUUUCUGCUAUACUUAAACAAUUAAUUAACGAAAAAAAAAAUACUCUUGACAUUUCGUUAAUUACAAAUAUGGACAGCGGAAAUUAAUGCUUUUUAGUGGCAUUAAACGAAUUAGUGUUUCUUAGUGGCAUUGAAAAAAAGAACAAUGGGAUUAGGCGUGCAAUAAAAGAAUACGAUAUUGCAGUGCUCGUUUAAUAUCGAGACUUUAUUUAUCAAGCUGUGUUUUAAUACUUUCCCUGUGAAUGGUAAAGGUCGUGGAGAAGGUGUAAAAAUGAGGAUGAAAAAUGGAAGAAAAGAAGAUACUAAAUAUUUUAUUGAAAAAAAGGAUGAUUCAAACGUUUUGGUACUUGUCAUUCUGCGAACAGUGACAGUCAUGUUGCUUCUAUUAUCCGCAAUCUUGAUCACUAUGAGCAUGCUCUAUCGACCAUGGAAACAAGAAACAUUGCCAGGAAAUAAAGGAUUUGCCUUAGAAUUUUCAGUUUUUCAUGUUUGCAGAAGUUCACAUUUAGGAACCAAGUGUUAUAAAGGAGCUUACGAUGAGGCGCCAGCUUGGUUCAGAGCAUUUCAGACGUUUUUGUUUAUGGCAACAAUUCAACAAUACCUCUCAACGUUUUAUAUCAUCAUCCAACUUGUGAGAACAAGAAAUGAUCAGGUGAAGAAAUUCUGGAUUCCAGCACUUGUUUCGUUAUUUUCAGCUGUAUUUACACUUACUGCUAUGUUGAUUUUGAUUGGAUAUUGGGACUUUGAAUUCAUGGAGGAUAUACGUCUAUAUAAGAUGGGAUGGAUUUUUGAUCAAGAUAUUGAUGAAUAUUCCGGCUAUCCUAGACAGAUGGCAUGGGGGUCCAUUGGUUUGAUGCUUUUGGUUACCAUACUAUGUAGUUUCACUCAAUAUUACGAAAAAAGGUAUGCCCAAAGAUACAAGAUGAAUGCGUUGCGCCACCAAGCGGAAACAACUGUGUACAGUGUACGGUGAAAUGAUGACGGUUGAGAAUGAAUAAAAGUGUUUUAAAGCAGGAAUAAAGUUGGUGUUGUUAGGAACGUAGCAAAUUCAAAAAGAAAAAGAAAUGCAAAGAAUGUGAAAGAUAACUUUUACGGAUAAAGCAAAGCUUUGUCCUUUGCGAUAGGCAAAGGACAAAGCUUUGCUUUAUUCGUAUCGUUAGCUUUUUUUCUUAAUUGUUUUGUUUUUGUUGGCAAAAAUGCUGUUUGUAUUUUUGUUGUUAUAACUUUGAUUGCAGUGUGUUUUGUUUUCUGAAAAAUUUAUAAAGAAAGUACAACCUUAUGGCGCUUAUGUGCGUCAUGAGGAAGAAACAUUGACCUGCAGUUUUAGUAAUAAAAAACUGCAACGAUCGGUUGUAUAAUAACACUUGUCUGCUUUUUUAAUAAAUCCAUCUUUUUAAAUAAAUUUCUUACGUAUUUGAGUUAGGAAAAUUCUUUUUAUUUAAAUUGUAUAUAUGUAAUAACACAAUAUACAACUUAUGUUCGCAUUUACCUCUUCACUUCUUUCUGGCAAACACAUUUACGUUUUUGCACAACAUUGGUAUCCAGCGUUGACUGAAAUAGACGUGACUAAUAUAAAGUACGAGUGAAAUUUACAACAAUGCAUCGGUGUUUGAUCAUUGCACAAAGAACGAUUACUACUAUUACUGAAGAUGCCUUCUAGUAAACAUUCUGUUGUCAUGAAAAAAUAUCUUUUUUGUCUUUAUGUAGCUAAAUUCAUGCUGUGUUAUUAUUUAUCUUAAAAGUUACUUUUGAAAGAUGUUUCAUGGUUUUAAAAUGAUUAGUUUAAUAUCUUUUGACAUUGUUAAGUACGUCUUCAUCUUUCAUUUUUGUGUUACAUUUAAUAAUCAUUAAUUAAGAGAAAGC